GUGGAGAAGAGGCCGUGCGGUCCGAGAAAGAGGAGCAAAAGAAAUGGAAAGACGCCAAGAUGGUGAAGAAACUAGAGCGGCAGCGGGCACAGGAGGAGCAGGCCAGGCUCCAGGAGGAGCAGGAGGCUGCUCUGCAGAGAGAGGACCAAGGGCGGCCUUACACCCUGAGUGUGGCCCUGCCGGGUUCCAUCCUGGACAAUGCCCAGUCACCGGAGCUUCGCACCUACCUAGCUGGCCAGAUUGCCAGAGCCUGCGCCAUUUUCUGCGUGGAUGAGAUCGUGGUGUUUGAUGAAGAGGGCCAUGAUGCCAAGACUGUGGAGGGGGAAUUCAUGGGCAUCGGCAAGAAGGGGCAGGCGUGUGUGCAGCUGGCCCGUAUCCUGCAGUACCUGGAGUGCCCACAGUACCUGAGAAAGGCCUUCUUCCCCAAGCACCAGGAUCUACAGUUUGCAGGGCUGCUGAACCCCCUGGACAGCCCUCACCACAUGCGGCAGGAUGAGGAAUCCCAGUUCCGGGAAGGCAUCGUGCUGGACCGCCCCACACGGCCAGGCCACGGCUCCUUUGUCAACUGUGGGAUGAAGAAGGAGGUGAAGAUCGACAAGAACCUGGAGCCCGGACUCCGGGUGACCGUGCGAUUGCACCCGCAGCAGCUCCCAGAAAGCAAGACGUACCGAGGAAAAGUUGUAUCGUCGCAGGACCCUCGUUCCAAAGCUGGUCUCUACUGGGGCUACACUGUCCGCCUGGCCUCCUGCCUCAGUGCUGUGUUUGCCGAGGCCCCCUUCAAGGACGGGUAUGACCUGACCAUCGGGACGUCGGAGCGAGGUGCAGAUGUGGCCUCUGCCCAGCUCCCCAGCUUCCGGCACGCCCUCGUGGUGUUCGGGGGGCUCCAAGGUCUAGAAGCUGGAGUGGAUGCAGACCCCAACCUGGAGGUGGCUGAGCCCAGUGUCCUCUUCGACCUGUACAUCAACACCUGCCCGAGCCAGGGCAGCCGCUCCAUCCGCACCGAGGAAGCCAUCCUCAUCUCGCUGGCGGCCUUGCAGUCUGGCCUCUCGCAGGCGGGUGCCCGGCCAGGUUGAAGAGUCUGUCAAGGUGGCGAAGAAGCCACAAGGAAGCCGGAGUGCGUGCGGGCCGCUUGGGACAUAUACAGCCAAGGCUCAUCUUCAAAAAUAACCACUUUUAAUUAAUUCAACCGUGCCCCAUAACCCCUCAGUCUCGUUUUCCCCUUUGGCACUGCCCUCACUUGCUGCCAGCAGUGAUGGCCUUGAGGCUGCCUCCCCGUGCCAAGAUGUUGGGCACGAAGAGCAGCCCUGAGGCCCGUUCGAUGCUCUCGAUGGGCACCAGGAAGCGCUCCAGCGGGGUGGUCUCAUCUACCGGCGCGUUCGGCAUCACGUAGGAUCUGAGCUCAAUUUGCCCUCCUGCUGCCUCCAGGAUCAGCACCUUGAAGAAGUGUGUGGGCACCGCCACGUGGUUCUUGCCAAUGACCUGGUACUUCACGUAGGACUUCCCAUCAGCCUCCAUCCUGUGGGCAGACCCAGACACACAGGUCCUUGCAGGGCUCCUGAGGGGACUGGGACCUGAUUGGACAGGCCACUGCCUCCAGGCAGCCUUCUCUGAUCCAACCUUACUGGUGCCACCCUCUCAAGGCUGAGACCAGUGGCUCUGAGGUAGACGCACCUUUAGCCUGCGUUUUCUCCGGCCAGACUCUGGGUCAGGAGCCGGAGACAAUAAAUACUGCUAAAAAAUCAA